UUCACGUUUUGAUUCAAGAGGCAUUUGGUGAUAGCUCACUGCUCCUCAAGGAGUUUUCCAAGGGCUGAGGAUAUAAGGGUGAACCAGACCCAUACGGGGCAUAUAUCCCAGGGGGAGAGGCAGGCAAAAAACAGAGAAGUAGGGCGGCAGCUGAAGCUGGGAGCCAGAGUUCUGGAUUUGAAUACAGUGUUUUGUUUUGUUUUGUUUUGUUUUUUCUUCCUAGCUGUGUGGCUUUGGGUGAAUUACGUGCAUCUCUGUGCCUCAAUUUCCCCAUCUACAAAAGAAUGGGAAUAACCAUAAUACUUAUAGGGCUACAGUGACACAUCUUUCUGGCUCACAGUGGUUAAGAACAGCUUCAUCCAAGGGCUGGGAAGCUAAGAUACAGACAGUGUUCUAAUCUAAGAUAUGAAGAAAUGGGAAUGGCAAAUUAGUACCUACCUCAUUUGGUGGCUGUAGGUACUACAUGACGCAGUUCCCGUAAAGAGCUGAAAACUGUGGCUGGUAUGCCGUAAGCGCUCAAUACAGGUGAGCGGUUAUCCUCUCUCAAGCACCGAGUUUUGACUUGACAGCUGUGCAGGGUGACAUAAGUUCCCUAAAGACACUAAGGAAUCCUCAAGACCAAUCUUAACAGACACUGUGGCUACAUUCUUGCUGGCACAGUUGAAGAGUUCCCUCCUUCAGACACCUGUUUAAAGAGAUACUGGCACAAAAAUGCCUUGUGCUAGGCGGAGAAUCUGGCCCCAGGCAUGAAAAACGCUGUUAAGAUUUGAGAAUAAAAUGUAGUAAGAUUAAAGUUGCAAUGACUUCAUCGAGCUUGAGCUUGCAAAAACCCCAACAGAGCAGCUCUCCUGCAUGAUUUCUCACCCUCCCGCCCCCUCCCUGGCCCCUUCAUUAUAAUACCUGUGACUGGCUAUUAUAUCAGCAUUUCCAAUAAAGUAAAAAGGGGAAAAUACAGACCUGGGCUUUCAUGGAAAGUAUUCUAACUCACAACUAGAAUAUCUGCCUUAAAAAAAAAUUAUGGUUUUUAGAUCUUUAACUUUUCCUACAGCAUCUCAGUACCCAAAUUUUGAAAAGCAUCUUUUCUGGGGAAUGAUAUUUCCUAGCACAGUGUAACAUAGUCUUUGCCAAGUGACUCAGUUCAAUGUAUAUAUGUAUUUUUCAAUGUCAAGUGGCCCAAACUUACAUAGAAGAAGUGGGCACCUGGUAUCAGUUUGAUGUCAGGGUUUUUCCAGGUUUGCAAGAGGGAGCUUUAAAUACGACUCAAUUUCAAGGCAACUAUAAGCCACCCUGCAGCUCCAAGUCAAGAUGCUCCUGUCCGUGGUUCUUGCCUCUGCUCUGCUUCUCUGCUCUGUGGCCAGCCAGAGGUGUUCGACCUUGUCAGGGAUCCAUGAUGUCACGUACCUCAUUAACAAACUGCAGGAACAUCCACCUUCAAAAUGUGACUGUGGCACCAACGUGACCGAUUGUUUGUGUCUGCCCAUUCCUUCUGACGACUGCACCACACCGUGCUUCCAGGAAGGGCUGUCCCAGAUGACCAACUCCACGGUGCAAACAAGUUUCCCCCUGAUCUUCAACCGACUAAAAAGAACCGUCAAAGACCUAAAGAGCAGCAAGUGCCAGUUUUUUUCCUGUGAACAGCCGUGUAACCAAACUGCAACAGGCAACGUGCUGACGUUCCUGAAGAGUCUCCAGGAAAUUUUACAGAAAGAAAGGAUGAAAGGCACAGUAUGAAGAUGAAAUAUUAUUUAUG